GAGAUAGAUUUAUGUGGGUAUCACUCACGCGUCGAGUUGGCGCAUGCUGCUUGCUGGCAUCGGCCAGCAUCGCUGCGUUGACUCAAGAAGUGUCAGCCAGUGAAAGCGCCAUAGUUAAGUUAGAAGACGCCAUCACCAGAACGCUAGAACGCAACCCGACGCUGGUGGCAUUUGGUUAUCAGAUCGAGGCACAACAAGGGCGAGUGACGCAAUCUCGGCUUCGCCCAAAUCCGGAGCUGGGGGUGACGAUCGAGAACGCCCUUGGUUCCGGUGAGUUCGAGGGCAUCGAUCGCGCUGAAACUACGCUCAGUCUAAGUUGGGUGUUGGAGCGCGGCAAACGCGAAAGGCGCGUGGCAGCGGCGAAUGCUGGUGUGUCAUUGCUCGAGUCAGAGGCAGAAGUUACGCGUCUUGAUGUGGCAGCUGAAACGGCAAGGCUGUACCUCGACAGUCUUGCAAAUCAAGAACGCUUAAAGCGCCUUCAAGAGGCUGUCACUCUUUCUGAGCAAACGGUAACCGCUGUUAAAGAGCGCGUGCAGGCAGGACGAACACCUGAUGCUGACUUGGCGCGGGCGGAGGCGUCUCUUGCAUAUGUUCGCCUUGAUUUAGAGGAUGUAGAACACGAGCUACUGACAUCAAAUUAUCGGCUCGCAGCGCAGUGGGGUGAGAGACAGCCUGACUUUAUUCAGGUUACAGGCAACAUCGAGUUGCUUCCAAAACCAGAGGAAUUCGAGCACCUACUCGCGCGCGUUGAUCAGAGCCCGAAUGUUUUUCGUUACCUAAGUCAACAACGACUACGGGAAGCGGAGUUGCGUUUGGCUCAAGCUGACGCCAAACCUAACUGGCGUGUCAACGCAGGAAUCCGUCGGAUAGAAGGGAUAGAUGAGCAGGCGUUUGUUGCUGGUAUCACGAUCCCUCUGGCGAUGCGCAAUCGCAACCAAGGUGGAAUUGCAGAGGCGCGCGCAAAGCUUCAAGGCGUCGAUGCUGAUCGCAUAGCGACACAACUACAAAUCGAAACUCAUUUGUUCGCACGUUAUCAAGAGCUACAACACAGCCUGCAUCAAACGAAGACUCUGCGCGACGAAGUCUUACCGCGUGUGGAGCAAGCCUUAGCUGAUACCCAGAGCGCUUAUGCCUCAGGAAUCAUGGGUUGCAGCGGCGCAAGCUCCGAAAACGACGACUCCGCGAAGAAUGGCCACGGUGAGGUCGCUGAGAUCGAACCAGUCAAAGGCCCCAACAGGGGACGAUUGUUGAUCGGCGGUGACUUUGUUCUCGAACUCGCCAUAUUCGAAACGGGUGUACCGCCAGAAUUUCGUGUUUGGGUAACCAACGCAGGCGCAGCGGUUGCGCCCGAAGAUGUCAGUGUGCACGCGACGCUCACUCGCUUGGGGGAUGUCAAAGAUGAAAUCAGCUUUGAUGUACAGGAUGAUUUUCUGCGCGGCGAUACCGUCAUUUAUGAACCCCAUUCGUUUGUUGUGUCGAUUGAAGCCAAGCAUCGCGGCGCGACCCAUCGCUGGCGAUACGCCAAUUUUGAAGGGCGAACCCGGAUAGGUGCUGACGUUGCCGAGGCGUUCGGGUUGCAAACCGAUCUGGCAGGGUCAGCGACGAUUCACGAGACCAUUGCGGUAUACGGGCGCGUCGUACCGAAUACUGAAAAAGUGAGCUCUAUAACCGCCCGUUUCGAUGGUGUUGUUCGGUCUGUUGACGUGUCCAUUGGUGACACGGUACAGCGCGGACAAAAGCUGGCUACGAUCGAAAGCAAUGAAAGCCUCAAGCCCUACGGGAUUAGCGCACCGAUUGCCGGAAUCGUGACUGAGCGUAACGCGAAUCCAGGCGAGCAAACGGCGGCGCGGCAGCUAUUCAAGAUUGUGGAUAUCUCAACCGUCUGGGCUGAGUUAUCUGUGUUCCCAUCGGAUCGUCCUCGAGUCUCUACAGGAACCCCCGUGACCAUCAAUGCAGCGGACGGCGGCCUUGAGCGCUCAGGUGUCAUAAGCCAGCUCAAUCCUGUUGCCGAGGCAAACCAAUCUGUUCUUGCACGCGUCGUGUUGGAUAAUUCGGACGGUGCAUUGGUACCCGGUAUGUAUUUGACCGGCGAGAUUCAGGUCGCUGAACAUCCAGUGCCGCUUGCGGUGAAACGUACGGGUUUGCAGGCAUUCCGAGACUUUACUGUGGUUUAUGCCCAAAUAGGUGAUGAGUACGAAGUGCGUAUGCUCGAUCUCGGCCGACAGGAUGGUGAGUGGAUUGAAGUGCUCGGCGGCCUGGAACCUGGCACACGCUACGUCACCACGAACAGCUACCUCAUUAAAGCCGACAUUGAAAAGUCCGGCGCAUCGCACGAUCACUGA